AUGCCUGUGCAUCCCGCUUCUAUACCGACGAUGGUAAAACGCAAGAGUAAAGCCGUUUCCUUUGCAUCGUCACCAUCGCAAGUUCUGCAACUACCAGAAACAGAAGAAACCGAACUGCGAUCGAAAUGGUAUAGCAGGCAAGAGUAUGCAGGUUUCAAGGCAGCGAUUAUAAACAGUGUAAACGCUGUGGGUCCCACUACUGCUGGAGGGGAGAGCGUCUGUUCCAGGGGAAUCGAGUUCAUGACCAAGGCUGGGCUUGCAUACAGAAAGCAAACCAAGCUCAAGGUAUUAGCAGCAGUAUGGAAUUGCCAAGUCCGUCAGUGGAACGAACAAAACAGAAUAUAUGAUCCAGUAUCAAUCGCUUUGGCUUGUCAACAAGAGACCUUACAGUGUACAUAUAUGGCGUGUACCUUGGGGCAAUUGGAUCAGCAAGCAGCCAUCGAAGAGUAUCAAAGAACGAUGCUCUUCCCUAGUCAGACCAAUCAAACCAACCAAGCGAACAGCUACAAUGUGGGAGUUUUGCUGAACCAAUCCAACAGCUGUAUCGGGGGGGACUUACAGAAGGAGCCUUCUGAACAAUCACGGGUCUUCCUACAAACCAGCAACAACAGUGGCGGAGAACUUCAAAAGUGCCCUGCAAAGCCUGUUGUUACCUUGGCUGGAAAGCGCGCACUCAAGUUUUCGCUCGACGGAUCAUCACAUGGGCUGCGGUCUCCGACCAAGCGACUGAAUGUAACGGCUGCUUAA